ACCUGUGUGCCAGGGAAUCUUUUCUUGCAACAGUUGUGGGGCCACCGAAACCCUUUUACUGAGCACCAGGGAUACUUUAUUUUCAAGAGGGCCUGAGUGUGCGUUGGCAGCUUGGACUUUUUCCAUAACAAAUUGAAAGGAAACCAUGAUGUGUGUCCAUUCCAGGCACCAGUUGCCCAUCCCCAUGAAUGAUUCGGUAAUGGGAAAACGUGUUUUUUUUUUUUUUGUUUUUUUUUCAAAAUGCAUCAGUUAGUAGUGCUGCUCCAGCAGACUUCUGCACUGGAACCCAUUUUCAAAAGAGUUAACAGGUUUUUUUGUUUGCCUAGUGUUUAUAAAUGAGCUCCAUUGUCAGUUUCUUAGGUGCCUUCAGUCAUGUGACUGCUGCACUGCAAGUUGAAUUGAUAUUGACUCCCCCCCAGCAUCCAAUCAGCAAAACAAUGGGAAUACAACAAGAUAACAGCUCCCUGGUAGAUAUGAGAAUAGCACUCAGUAUUAAAAUUCCAAGUCCGAUUGCAACCCCUUUAGUUCCAUUGAGUUGGAGAAACAAUAGCUUAUCUGAAAGCAGUUCCAUAAUGAAGUGCUGGUUCUUUCUGAAAGUGCAGGAUCAAGCAAAAUAGCCUGAGAUGAAUGUCUACACACAAAUAUCACAACUAAAAAAAAAAUACAUUUGUUGGUUCAGGAAUAAAUUUUAUAUGGUAGAGUGAAUUAUUUGAAGUGUAAAAUAAAUAAAAACUACACCAUAAAAAUCAUGACAGAAUAUGCAAUUCGACCCCUACUUUACUAUGUUCCCUUGUGAAAUGAUAGAAUUUAAACUAGAAGUCCCUCUGCUUUCCAUAGUGGGUGGUGCACAAAUUUCCCCUUUAAAUAUUUGACCAGAAAAAUUUGAGGUUUAAUAAAUGGGCCCCUAAGUUGCAGAAUCCAUCACUUCAUAAUGAAACAAGGGAAGGGGUAGUUUGUAUGUCUAAGGGGUACUGGGAAAUUACUCAAUCUGUGGAAUCAGGUACAUUAGGGUAGGAAAAAAAUAAUAUUUAUUAGACAUUCAGGCACCUUUUCUAUAUAAGCCCAGCUGAAUAAGCUCAUGCCAAAAAUGGGGUAUAUUUUCCCUUUAAUGUACUUUUUUUUCCCCUCUGGAACACGGAGUUUAUUUUUGUGCACCUGCUGAGCAUAACAACAGCCACAUCAAGGCAAAAUGAAAUAGCUGAUGCAGCUUUGCUGUAAAAUAUGCCCUAUACAAAUAGUGGCAGAAGUAGUCAUUUCCUUUAUCUGGAGUUACAAAAACGUAUUGUUAAGAUUUCAAACCUGACACAGGCUGAUGUUCCAGCCCCAUUAUGAAUGUAAAACUGCCUGAGUUUUCUCUGUUUAUUUUGCUGGUGCUGCAUGCACAGCUGUCCGAGAGCUACCCAAAAGUAGUCAUUGCAUCACGAGAUGGUGAGCCUUACCUUCUCUGCCAAUAUGUACCUCCAAUGGAUUCCACGUUUAAUCUAACCUUGACGAAAGGCAAUAAGAAACAGGAAGUGUGCAUGGUGUACACUGAUAGAAAAAAUACCACCUUUUAUAGCUGGAAUGACAAACCUACAUGUAACUGGACUACAUCCAAUGAUAACAGCAUUUCUUUCACUCUAUCCAAUUUUGACAUCAAGCACACAGAUAAUUACACUUGUGAGAUUAGGAUUUUUUUUCCCCCUCCGUUCCGAAGUGUUAUCAUAAAUGAGACUUAUGUUUACAUCCAUGAUUUACAACAGUGCGAUGGAAUGCAAGUAUUUAUUAUAUGGAUUUUGACUGGUCUUGCUGGAUUUCUAUUUCUUUGCUGCAUUUUAACAUUCUGUCUUUGGAGCCAAAAUAGGUAUCGGCCCAAGACAGCCCAAAACAAUACCCAGAAUAAUGAAUGCAACAGCGAAUACAUGCCAAUGGCAUCUGUCAAUCCAGCUAAACGUCCAAUUAUUCCAAGGCUAUGAGUUCGAACUAUGAUGAGGGAAGCAAAGUUUCAUGUUUGUUCACCAUCAGGCACAAUAAAACUCUCAAUCAAACUAAUAACAUAAGUGGGACCUGUGCAUCUUUCUUCAAAAGAAAACAAAUGGUGAAGAUUCGUCACAAAAUGAUACAAGCCAUUAGUUGGCUCAACGGUUUCAGCAAAACAUCAAACCAUUAAAAAAAACUAUCAUGGUUAAUAUAGACAACUGUCAGAAGACAAAUUUCAGUUUCUAUUGCAAUACUGAAUAGGCAGUUCCUGGAGUACAAGCCCAUGUUGUCCCACUCCUAUUGGCAGAAAGAAAAAACAUUUUCACAUAUUGACAAAGGAAUAUAUUUUUUGUUAGUUCAUACUUUAUGUCUAUCCUACUGGGCAGUUUGGGACAACAAACAUUUUUUUGUUAUAUUAUUAUAUAAUAAAGAUAUUGUAUAACACCUAGUAACUAUGGCGUUUACUAGGUGUGAGUCAUUUAGUAGUCAUUUAGUGAGCACUUUUGGCCUGGGACAGACUACAUUUAAUAGUCUGUUGUACUCAGUUCUGGGAAGGAGGGGGGCAGAUUUAUUUUUAUUUUUAUUACAUUUGUAAUUUUGUUGUAUAUUUGUUUUUACAAUAAACAUAAAAGCACUGUA